AUUCCUCCCAUCCCUGUUGUGUGUUAGCAUCCACAUAUUGAGAAAACAUUUGACCUUUGUUUUUUUUGGGAUUGGUGUAUUUCAUUUAGCAUGAUAGUCUCUAGAUCCUAGGCCUCUAAUGGUACUCUGAGGCUUUUCAAUUGAAGAUAAAUUACUCUUAGAAUAAAAUAGUUGGGAUAUAAGUUGGAAGUCUAGUAGUCAUCCAUGACUCUUUUCUCUGCAACUCCUAAUAUUGAAUCAAUUAAUAAGACUCACUGGUUUGAUUCUAUUUUUUUAGUUGGCCCUUGUCUAAAACUAAGUUUGGCUUUUGUAUUCUCUUAGCCUAACUGAUCUUUGUCUUUAAUUUUAUCCUCCAUACCAAAGCUUCACUAACUUAUUUAAAACAAAUUCAUCAGGUUAACCUCCUGCUAUGAUAGGUUUCCUUUGCCUAAGAAUGAAGUCUUAGCAUUUUAAAUGUCAUCUUUGUGUCCUUCCUGCUGUAGCCCUUUAUUUCUCAUUUCUUACCAGUCACUAUCCAUAGAAACUUUUUUUUUUUUUUUUUGGUACUUGGAUUACACCCAGGGGUCCUUUCAGGGGUCCUUUGUCCCCAGUCCUUUUAUUGAGUUGCUUAGGGCCUUGCUAAGUUACUGAGACUUGUUUUGAACUUGGAUCCUCCUGCCUCAGCCUCCCUAAUCUCUAAGAUGAUAGGCGUAUGCCACUGUGCCCAGCCACAGAAAGCUUUAUGAUUUGUUGUUAGUAAUACCUCCUGCAGUUUUUACUCUUAUAUAUCUCCAGUUGUUCUUUUUUUGGGGUAUUAUUGUCACUUUCCUUUCUUGGAUAACUUCUUCUUAUCUUUGAAGACUGAACUCAGUUUUCAUUUGUUAUAGAAAAUCUUGCUUAAAUCCGCAUUUAACUAUUUCCUUCUUUUGUGCCCCUACUGACAAUUUGAGUACAUAUCUGGAACUUACUAUAUUAUACUAAAUAUUUUUGUGACUCUUUACCAUUAGACUGUUAGUUUCUUUAAGCAAAGACCAUAUCUUAGUCUUAGUUGCAUCUUCAAUGUCUAACAAGUGACUGGUGUAUAGCAGAGACUCAGUCAAUAUUUAUUGAGUUGAGUAAAUUCAACUCAUAGCUGUAGUAUUGACAUCUUUGUAAAGAUUCAGGUUUAAUGGUUUCUAGAUAACAGUUGUAUCAGACACCUGGAAAGCACUUUAAAUUGUUUUAUUGGUUUUUGAACUCUAUGAAGAAUUAAGAUUUAUUAGAUUGCAAUGGGAAUAUAUAUUCUUUUAAAGCUUCUCAGUUGAUUCUGGUUUCUUACAAGUUCAAGAACCAUUGUCCUGGUUUAUUGUUAUUUCUAUAUAUUUGAUAUAAAAAUUGCCCACUAAAUCUUAUAUUCUAAGUGCUAUUGUUUAAGCAUUAUAAAUGUAGAUAUAUUUUAAGUCAUUUCAUUGAUAUCUAUAGUUGAAGUAUAUCUUAACUUAUUAAGUGUCUCAUUUGGAGAUCUGUUGGUGGGUCAUUAAUACUCAAUUGAAAACAAAGCCCCAUUUAAACAAGAGUCUUCUUGAGUAGAUAGUAGUAAAAUUAGUUGGGCUUUAUGAAUUUUAAUGUUUCUAGCAAUUUGUACAUGAUUUUAAAAACAUUUUAUUGUGUUUUAAAAUUAAACUGAACUGCACAAGCCUUCAGUAUACAGCUCAGUGAAUGUUUCUAUAUGUAUAUAUCCACAGGGUACCAUCCACAUCAAGAUAUAAAACAUUUUUAGCCCUUCAGAGGUUAAAACACACCCCUUUUCAGUUAAUACACACCCUUUCAUUACAGGAUAAACACUAUUUUGGCUUGUGUGACCAUCAGUAGUCUUACAGUUAAAUCUACUAAAAAUUUUUUAUAAAUCUUUUGCUGGACAUGUACACUUAUUUCUCUUGGGUUUAUACAUGAAAUUGUAGGGUUAGAGCAAAUAUUGUUUUAAUUUCAGCAGAUAAUACCAGUUUACACUCGUAAUAGAAAUUCAUAAUGAACAGUUGAAAUUAAAUUAUUUGAGGCUUUUGGUGAAAUUUAAUACCUAGAAGUUUCUGUUUUCAUAAGUGUUUAUUGUUACAAAAUCAAAUAUACAAAAAAGUUAGUAAAUGCAUUUUAUAGGUGCCAGAAACGCAGUUUUUAGUCAAGUAAUUUUUUCUCUGUUUGUAACUUUUUUUUCCCCCCCUUCUUCUUAGGAUUGUCUUUCCUUGUGGGUUGGCAGGCAGUUAUAGGACUGCAAAAUGGGUCUCCGGAUUCACUUUGUUGUUGACCCACAUGGUUGGUGCUGCAUGGGUUUGAUUGUCUUUGUCUGGUUAUACAAUAUUGUUUUAAUUCCCAAAAUUGUCCUCUUUCCUCACUAUGAAGAAGGACAUAUUCCAGGCAUAGUAAUAAUAAUAUUUUAUGGCAUUGCCAUAUUUUGUCUGGUCGCCUUAGUGAGGGCCUCAAUAACUGACCCAGGAAGACUCCCAGAGAACCCUAAGAUCCCACAUGGAGAAAGGGAGUUCUGGGAAUUAUGUAACAAGUGUAAUUUGUUGAGACCAAAGCGUUCCCAUCAUUGCAGCCGCUGUGGCCACUGUGUGAGAAGAAUGGAUCAUCACUGUCCAUGGAUUAACAAUUGUGUUGGUGAAGAUAAUCAUUGGCUUUUUCUACAGUUGUGUUUCUACACUGAACUUCUUACUUGCUACGCACUGAUGUUUUCUUUCUGCCACUAUUAUUAUUUUCUUCCACUAAAAAAGCGUAAUUUGGACCUCUUUGUUGUUAGACAUGAAUUGGCCAUAAUGAGACUAGCUGCCUUUAUGGGUAUUCCUAUGUUCGUUGGAAUAACUGGACUUUUUUAUACACAACUAAUUGGUAUUAUCACAGAUACAACAUCUAUUGAAAAGAUGUCAAACUGUUGUGAAGAGAUAUCGAGGCCCCGAAAGCCAUGGCAGCAGACCUUCUCAGAAGUUUUUGGCACUCGUUGGAAGAUCCUGUGGUUCAUUCCUUUCAGGCAGAGGCAACCACUGCGCGUUCCCUACCACUUUGCCAAUCACGUCUAAACAGAUGGAUGGUGGGCACAGAUGGGUCCUCCAUGCUGGAAAUGCGUUACAGGUUUUAUGAUAAUAGAACUAUGACAGUCUUCAAGUCAAUUAAAAUCCACCCACCAAUCUUAGGCAUCAUAAUGUGCCCCAGGCUUUAUUUUAAUAGUGAUCUUGAUCCUGUUGUGGGACUAAUACAAGAUCUAUAUUUAAGUUUUAAAGCAUGUUUACUUUCAAAUUAGCUUUCCACAGAGAUUUCUAUAAAUGCUUUUGUUAUUAAACUCAAAAGGCAGCGAUUAGGAUGAAAUAAUUGUACAUAAGUUCCUUUUAGUACUUACUGUGUUACAGAUUUUAAUUUAUGGGAAAUUUCAGAUGUUUAUUUAAAUUUUCACCUUUAAGCAGUACUAAUGAAAUCUGAAUUUAAUUAUUCAGAUUUUACAAAACUUGAUAUAUACCUUCUUAUAUGUAAAUUUCCUUUUUCAAAUACAAGUUAAAAUACUUAAUACUUCUUUUUAUAUGUGCUGCAAGUUUUUUUUUUUUUUUUAAUGCAGUGUAGAAGUGAAUAACAACAAAGGGCAGUGUUUUCUUAGGAGUUGCUUCCUAAUGUUUUCUCUUUUUCUCCUCCCCAAAACCAAAAUAAAACACCACAAAAGUAAAACACCAGCUACUUACCUUAUAAUAAAGAAAAGGUUGAUUUUUUUCCACAUUAAAUUUUCUGUAUUUUUUCCCUUUACUGUUGUAAUUAUUGAUUGUUUUUAGGAUAUUUGCUUCCAAGAGAAAUUUGUGACCAGUGGGCAUACAUUCCUGUUUACCCUAAAAUUUUAAUGAAGAAAGGGUAGAAAAUUUGCAAUAAUUCCAGUUACUUUUCUAGUGCAAUUAUAUUAGAAUGCAUAUGUUUUUAAAAUGCCAGUAUAACUAGAUACUAUAUAAUGUACAGUGUAAAGAAGAAUAUUGUGCUUUUAAAAAUAUAUAUCCUUUUUACUUUAUUUAUCUACUAGUGAAUCUAAAAUUAUUCAUUGGACAUUUAUGUAAUAGAUAGUGGCCAACUCAUUGAAAUUUUAUUUAUAAGAAGGUACUAGUAAAAGUAAGUUAUUAACUUUCAUGUACCUAUAAUCACCUAAAUUGAAAUUAAAGUUUCAUUGGCCAGCUACAAUUUGUAUUUCUAAACACCUUUUAUCAGUAGCUGUUAGGAAAUGACCUUAAAAUAAUAAAAUAGAAUAAUCUAUAUUUAUCAUUAGCAUUAUACAAAUUUAAGUUGCUAAUAGUGAUUGGAAAGCACAGAACAUUUGGGUAAAAAGACAUUUAGUGUGCUUUGAAGUAAAUUCAGAUUUUAAUUUUUUUUCCAUUGGAAUACUGCAAAAUCCAUGCUUUUUAAAAAAAUUUAUGUACUUACAUUUACUUGAAGAGAAUAUUGAAAUUGUCUACUAUUCUUGGACCAUAUUAAUAUUUUUCUUUGGUUACUUUGGAAAGAAAAAAAUCACACCUGGGAACUAAUGAAACAGAAGGUGACCAUUGUCAGCCAAUUAGCUAUACUAUGGCUAGUUCAUUCAGAAAUUGUAAAUAUCUUAUAAAAUAUCCUAAAAUAAUAGAAUCAACUCUCCUCAAAAAUAAUAACAUGUUUUUAUGUUUUAAUUAUAAUGUGUUAAUAUUUUAAAACUUAGAAGUGGCAGAUGAAGGUAUUUAUUGGUGCUAAUCAGAAGCAUAGUAAAUGUAAUAUAAGAAAUAUGUUUAUAAAAAUUAGUAUGUGUGUUAGGCAGUUGGGUUGAAUUUUGAGCAAGCUAACUGACCAAAUUUGACAUUGUGGCAGAACUAUUAAAAGGAAGUAUUGUAGCUAUUAUGUAGGUAAAUAUCAGUUGAAUACUUUAUAUUGUAUAUAUUCCUUUUACAAAAAGACUUUGAGAAAACAGCAGAACCAAGUGAAGACCCUGUACAGAGCUUUAUGGACAUAUUUCACAUAGUUAACAGUAGCUGCACUGAAAGGUAAUGAGAGAAGUCUAUUUCCCAUUCUAAGGGCAUAUAUUUUUUAUUUUCUUAGAUUUAUCAUUUUUAGGACAUAUUCUCUUCCUUUCUUUCUCUUUACCCUCCUUGGUCCUGCUCCAUCUGUACCCAUUUCCUCUUAAGUUAGUGGACUACAAACUAAUACACUAGAUAAGCAUAUAAUUAUUUUGUUUGAGUGUCAGAAGUGCUACAUAUCAACAUUUAUAUAAAAAUAUAUAUUAAAGUAUAUCUAUAUAGGCUUAUGAUGUAACUUAUAGUAUUCUCAAGUUAGCACACCUAACCCUACUGUGAGAUUUGUAGUUGCUGUUAGACUACCUGAUUGAUAGUAGCCAGUUGGCAGUUUCCUAGGGAUUGUUUAAACUCUGGUGUUCUUUCUGCGCCCUCUUUUGGCUAAUUGAUGUAAUUAUACUGGCUCUAGAGGUUUACUGUCCCAUAAGUAAAUUCUGAACAUGUCAGAGGUACACACUAAGAAGGCGUUCAUGUACAAAAAUAUAAAGUUUUAUGAAAAUGAAUGUGUCACUGUUGACAAUGUUAUUUCUAGCUCAAAAGAAUGUGAUGAUUACUUUGCUUCAUUAAGUAUAUUCUUAGUAUAAUUCUUACUGUAAAUCACAAAUUUAGAUCAAGACAAACUAAGCCAUUUCAUGUAUUUUAUUUUAAAUUGUAUUUUGGCAAAUUAAUUCUUGACACUUAGAAAAGCCAUUACCUUAAAAGUUAGUUUAUUAUAAAACACAAAUUUUUAUAGUUAUAAAGGCAUCUAAGUAUCUAGAAUGUCUUACUGAAUAUCUAAAAAAUACAUUUAGUUUUCUCAUUCUCAAAUUUUAGAAUGAUUUUUUUUUUUAAACUGGCACUCUUGACUGAAAACAACUAAAAAGAGUUUAGUAAUUCUUGCUAUACUUUUUUUCUUUGUUCUUUUUUAACUUCUUUGGUCAGAAUUAUACCUCUAGUUGUAGUAGGCAGUUUAUUAUGUGUUCUGGAUAAUCACAAAGAUAACUAAAGGUGUUGAGCAUUAGAAAAUAAUUAUGAGUAGUAAGAUUACUAAUGUAAUCUACAGGUUGGACUAAAGCUUUUCUUUAUGAAUUUUCCAUUAAAUUUUAGCCAAAUAUAAAUUAAAUAAUUUUUUACAUUGGCAGAGUCAUUAACUUGGCUUUUGGAGAGGAAAGGUUCUUCUAGGAUACAGUUGUAACUCAUGAACAAUCAUAUUUGUUGUUGUCUGCAAACAGAAAUGUUUAUGGGUUCAAUAGAGGCUCAAAAUUAUAGGCAGAAAUGAACGGAGUUCAGAAUCCUUAAAAGUAAGCAUUUGGCUAAAGAGUUAUCGUACUUUGUAACCUAAACUUAAAGUUUAAAAAUAUUAAGUUAGCCUAUAUGUCAUUGUAAUGAAAAUAUUAUUUUACUUAAGUCAUAUUUUAAAAAUUGUGAUUAACAUAAGAGACAGCUAUUUAAAAUUAUAGUUAAUAUAUUAACCUUUCUUUCAGAAGAUAGUUUCCUUUUAUAAUAGUGAAGUAGAGGCUUGAAGGUGUAGUGUAGUGGUAGGACACAUGCUAGGCCUGGGUCCAAUCCCCAGCACCAAAAAAUAAAAGAAAAAUGGAGUAGAUAAUAUCAGCAUGCAAAAAAUUCAGUAUGACAACUGAAUAUAAUUUCUGUCAGAAUUAACAUCAGUGCAUUUUUACUAAUGCAUACAGGAAUUUUCACUAAGUAUGGUGCCUAAUUCUAACUAUUCUCAGAUUUUCAAGUCACUUCCACACAAAUUAACUAGUUAGAGAUACGUUUUGCUCAAAAGGGUUUUUAAAUUCUGAAUGCUAAUUACAAAGACUUAAGUUAGGACAAUACUUCCAACUAGGAAGUGUGAACUAAUUAGAUUAUGACCACACGAUUUUCUAUUGUUAAAUCAUGGGGCAAUUCUAGUAUUCUCACAAUAUUACUAUUAAAUUAUAAUGUGUCUAGCUGAGGUUUAAUAUGGCAUUAAUAUUCAUUAACAUAGUUGCUAGUUUCUCUCUGGACUUUCUCAAGUAUAUGAGUACUUGUCUUGUGCUUCAUGUAUUAAUAGAUUACUUAGCUCAAGUUUACUAAACUGUAGUAACUUCUUUAAGCAAGUUUUUGAUGUGAUCUCUAGUAUACAUAGAUAUAUCUAGAAUUUAUUUGAAGCUUAUACUUAAAAACAUUAAGUAAUUUACAUAGGUACAAGUAUUAGAUUUCAUCCAAGCUCUACUAUGUCUCUAAUAAGUCAAGUACAUUUAGUCUGUACUACUUGCUAGUAUUAUUAACCAUAUAAUUAACUAAUGAAUGUGUUAUUUAAUGCCCAUAUUUGCUGCUUUCUGUUCUAAGAAUCAAUAUCUGAAUUUGUCUAUAAAUGAAAGAUUUUAGUAUACUCUAUUUUUAGCCAUUCUCAGUUGAAUUCUAGAAUCUUCUACAGUAGAGUAUGAGAAAGUAUUAGAACCUACUUGCUUGAAGUAUUUUGAACCAAUGUUAUAUUGUCAAUGAAUAUUUAGCAUUUCUGCUAUCUUUGGAAUGGUGAAGGUUUAUCUCUAAGAGUGACUUUUCUCUGACUUCUUGCAUUAUCAUUUUGCAAUUUUUUAACAACAGAAUUCACUGUGUUUUUAUCUGUUUUUCAGAAGUUGCAAAUACUGCCUUCUAGUGCUAAUUUGAAACAGAAGUUACAAUAUUUAGGAUUUUUAAAUCACUGGUAUUACUGAUAUUUUCCAUUAUCAUAAGUUUUACUAUUAUUAUGUCCUUUCCCCUUGAUACACUAGAUGACAGGAAUCAAUGAGUAGUGAGUAGCCAAAAAAUUGGAGAGAGAGUGGGGAACUUAAUAAGAUGGGGAGACGAAGCAUGAGUAAUCAGCAUCUCAGCACAGAGUUGACUGUGACAGUUUCUGUGACCUCAUAGAACCUUGCUAUAGUCAUUUUAUUUUAGCCUAUCACUUGUUGAUACAAUUUUCUGUAAGAGUUGUUAAUGCAUUUAAGCUUUUAGUUCAAGUUAUUUAAAGAGUUUAUAUUUCUCUUUCUUUUCAGCUGGUCAGACACCUUGGAGAAAUUAACUUUAAGUAAUUUGGUAGUGUAUGCUAACCUGCAGUAUUAAAAAUAAUAUGAAAAUGCAGCUAUUUAAUGCAGAGGGGAAAUGAAUAGAUUGCUCUGAGUGUGAAAAAAAAAUUGGGACUAUUUUGACAUGUGUCUUGUGGCAAAGAAAGGAUAGUAUUCUAGAAAAUUUUGUCACAGAGGAAAAAACCAACAAUUUGAAUAUAAAGGGUGGAUUUCACCUUAACAUUUGGGAUAUUUGGAUUUCUUUCUUGAUCCUGAAGGUCUCCAUUUCUGUUGGUAUUUUAAAUUCCUUAUACCAUGUAAUGUAGUGCUUAGCACAGUUGUUCAACACUCUGGGCUUUUUGGUAUUGAUAGCAUUAUAUAUAUAUAAACAAAGAUGUGGACAAAACAACAGCAACAAAAGAUGUGGGUUUUUUUUGUGGCUUUGCUUGCUUGCCUGUUUGACUUAAAACAGGGUUUGAUUGUAACUGCUAACUAAAGGGAAAGCUUGUCUGCAUAUUGCAAGCUCUGUCCUCUUGCCAGUAUGUAUGGGUGAUACUUUAACCUACUGGUGCCUGAAGUUAGUGUUUUACAACUUCAACAACUAAAAUAUCCUGGUGCUAUUCAUGUAACAUUGAGUGACAUUUUUAAUUCCUGUACCAAAGAGUUAAUUUUCUUUUUGGUUGAGAGUUUUCUCGUGCAUUUGUGUUUAUAAAGUGGAAGUGAAUGGUACUAAGAACAGUUUUAUUACCAGGUCUUACUUUUUGCAACUUCUGCCUUGAUUUAAUGAUUUUAAAUGUUCCUCAAUGGAUUUUUUUUCUUCCAGUUAAGCAGGUUAGGUAUGGAUAUUAAUUUUGUAUUUUAAUAUAGCUUAGCUAUUUUAAAAGGUAGUUUAAUAGGCUAAAGUUACAAAAGAUAGUUUAAGCACUUUCGCAAAAUUAUUUUUGCUUUUUUUUCUGCAGCAAUUAAUAAAAAAUAGGAAGAACAACUAUGAUUUAUUUCUGUAAUGAGUUAUAUAGCAUAUAGUGAUAACUGAAGCAAAGUGCUACAAUGAAGGAUUAGUAGCAGGUCUUUUUUGAUUACAAAUUAAGAAUUUAGCAUCUCUGUGUCUGUAAUCUUUAGUGGCUUUAAAGAAUGAUAUUGCUAUUUGUCUGUUUUGUGAAUAAAGAUAAGUAAAAUUAAAGAAUACUUUUAAUAUACAUAUAAAUAAAGUGUGUGUGUGUGUGUGUGUAUACACACAUGUAUACACAUACUUUCCCAAUAAGAAAUGUAAAUAUACCUUGAUUGAAGCAAAACUGUUAAUAGAUAAUUAAACUUUACCAAAAAAGGAAGAACAAGUCUGGAUAUUGUUACUCACUUUACAUGAAAUUUCAGAGUAAGGUUAUUUUUAAAACUAAUUUUGCUUAAUGAUUCAUUUUACAAAAUGGAGACAAACACUCUUUAAAUGAACUUGUAAUUGUCCAGUUGUAACACUGCUAUGUAUAUACCGUUUGGGUUCUCUAUUUCUUCCCCUUAAGCUCUAAAAACACUCAUUUAGUAUUUUUAAAACUAGCUGAAAUGGUUAAUCAUUCUGGCAAGAAGAUAAUAGUAUAUAUGUGUUGAAAAGUAGACAAUCACAUUUGAAAAUGUUUUGCUUUAUUUUUGAUCAGCUGAAAUCAAUCUUUCCUUGAAUAUAGAUUUUAUGUGUGGGUUUGCAGUGAAUUCUGAAUGGAAAAAAAGAAUCAAGUCUGAAACUUAUGUGAAACAUGACUUCAGAUUAUUUGAAUGAUAGCCAGGAAUCAAGAUGAGCAUAUUCAAGGUGAAAGCAAAAUUUACUUAAAAGCAAAAUGGGAUGGAGUAACAUUAUGGAUCUCGCUAGUCUGCCAAGCAUUAUUUCCUAGAUUUGUUGUCACUGUAUUAGUUCUGAGUAAUUCAGCUUAUUUAUGCAUGCUUUAAAUUAAUGUGUCUGAUUACAUUUGUUUUUCAAGUUAUGGGUAGUGGAGAAUUUGCCACCAUUUUUCUCAGAGAGAAUAUUAAAAAGUAAAUAAAACAGUACUCUACUUUAGCAUAGGUAGAGAAAAGGAACUUAAAGAUUAUGAUAGGAAGAUUUCUACUACACUCAGAAACACUCAGAGAAAGGUGUGACAUGGGGUGACAAGAAUAGGCUCUUGGGAGGACUGAAUGUGUGUCAAUCGUGCUCUGUGAGCAUGUUUUAUGUCCCAGGAAUUGGUCUUUUUUCUUUGUUUAUUUAACCUGACUAGCAACUGUAAUGAAUAGACAAAAUCUGUGUUAUUUGGGGGCUUCUAAAAUUUUAUGUCAACUCCAAAUCCUACCUGACAUUGUAUCCCUAAAAUAAAAGACCUGUCUGAUAUUUUAAUAAUAGUGUGUUCCAAGCACCAUAUGAAGAUCCAGUUUUUAAAUUUGUCAGGCAUUUUUUUAUUGUUCAGUCCAUAAUAUGUGUAAAUCUGAAUGUUGUUUUUUUUUAUUAUCUACUAUCUUGCCUUGUCUAUUCCCCUAAGAGAAUUUAAAGAAAAUCCUCACUAACAUUUCUAGUGCUGAUGGUAAUAAGGAAAUAAUAGAAUUAAAAAUAUAGAGAGAAGAGGGAGAAAAAUGGUUAAAAAUUACAGGUGUGUGUGUCUGAGAUAUAAUUGU